AUGCGCUUCUCAAAGUCUGCAAUCUGGGCGACCGCUACUACCGCGGUCUUCGUCGCGUCUUCGCUGUUUGGCAAGGCUGAGGCGUCGCAUGCUCUGAACCGCCGCCAAAACACGCCUUGUGUUAUCGGCGCUCAUGAGAUGGCCGCGGAGCGCCCGUGGGUACCCCCGAUGGCGAAGGCUUGUGUGCGCCAGUUGAAGACCGGCCUUGACUUCUGGGAAUCGGAACUCUGCACAGCAGCCGCGAUCAUGUUCGGCGUCCAGCAAAUCAACGACCUCUCAAACUGCUACACCGACCUCGCACCCGUCCCUCUGCCUGCCGAGCAGCCCGACCUCCCUCAAGAGAUCUACGCGUCAAUCGUAGGGGACUGUGCCGCGCAGGGCUGCCCGAUCUCGCUCCUCAACUUCGUCGACUUCAUCUACGGACAGAUCAAGGCGCAGGGCUUGACAUCCUAUCCCGACUCGGUUGAUACGCUCGAGAACUUCUACAUCCAGCCGAUCUUCACGUUCGGAGGGUACACGCUUGAGGAAGGUGUCCCGUACGACGCGUUCAACCAGUGGCUGCACAUCUCGGGCUUCACCAACCACUACGUCAGCCCCUGA